AUGUCGGCCCCGGAGACCUGCCCAUGCGCGAGGCCGCGAAGCAGCCAGAUCUUCACCCCCCAUCUGCGCCACGUCAUCAUCAGGAGCAUCCCCCAGUUUGAGAAGCUCUAUGAACAGGUCAUGCGCUUCCGUUCCAUCUUCAGCAACAAACUCAACCACACCCUGUCCCGCUCCCACACCAUCCUCACCAUCCAUGUCACCCAUCUUUCCACCAAUGGCCCCCCGUCCAUCUUGGCAAAUAUGCCCUCAAAAAUCUAUUGGCAACCAUGA